AGUACCUGAUGCACAUAAUUGAUCACCUGUGACAUCUUAGGGCUUUGAUCAAACCGACAGUUGCUUACUGUAAUGCUCGCUUAAAUGUUAUAGCUAGCUUUCAUAGCCAUUGAAGUGGAUAUCAUUAACAACGAAACAUACGUUAUAAGAUGGAGGAGCCUAAAAAAGCCAACGACAAGGGCGCGACAACAGAGUUUGCUGUCCCUCCGCCGCCUAAAUUCAAGCCACCUCCUCCUAAGUUCCCAGCCGCGGGAUCAAAUGGAGAUUCCGCUCCGCCCGGAGCUCGACCGGACGCUGCCGCCACCGCCCCGCCUCCUCCACCCCAACGGGAGGCCCCUCCCACCGCCACCUCCGCCUCCCAACCUCCACCCGUCGCCUCCUCUUCCUCCUCCUCGACAGCUGCGGUCGCUGCCGCCGCCGCCGCUGCUGCUGCAAUACCGGGUCAGCGAGA